CAAUGUCGGUUCUACACUAAAAAUCAUAAAAGCCAAACCGAACUCAAUCUUCUUCCCGCAACUUCAUAAUCUGCUUUCCCAAUUCUCUCUCGUCGGCGAAGGUCCUGUGAAACCCUAGACAAAUCGCAGAGAUGCAAGAUUCAAAGAUUCCACCUUUCUCUGAAGCAAAAAGAAUGAAGAUUCCUACUCCAAAACAACCCUUGACUCAACUACCACCACGUAUCGGGAAAAAAGUUUCAAAUCGGAGCAAAUCGAACCAGGUUCAUGCGAUUUCACAUCAACUUGAGAUGUCUCCAAAUUCAGAUUCAUCUCCAGGAAACGAGUACAGAGCACUGAGACGCAAGUAUUUGCUGCUAGAGGAAGAUAGUUUCGCGUUGGAGAGAGAGUUAAAGGAAGCAGAGGAUGAGGUUAAAGCACUUGAAGAUGAGAAACUUGAGCUCUUGGACAAACUCGUUGUUAUGGAAGGUUUAGUUGAUCCUUGAUUCUAUAGCUUAGCACUUGUUUUAUUUGCCACAUUCAUAUGUAAAAAAUCGCCUUAUCUAGUAACAUUGUUUCUGCUUAUAUAACUUAUAAGCUUUUGUUGUGUGUUGAGAGAAUUGGAGAUGGUAAAGAAAACUGUUGUGUUCACUUGUUGUGUCUUUCGAGUUAAUACAAUGGUUUGGGAGUAAAGACUUAAACUUGCUACAGUUUUUACUA